CCUGCCUCGAUGCCCGAUGACGCCUGAGAUGACGUCCCCGUGACCCGAGGUAGUUCGGAUAAGUGGUAGAGAAUGAGUGAGAGAGAGUGAGAACUUUAAGUUAAACCACGCCUCUUGUCUCAAAUCCCGUUACCGACGGUGCAAAAAAGAGAUCCACGUGCAGACAGCAUCACUGCAUUACACCAUUACUACAGGAUGUAACACACACAGAGUGACACACAGUUGUUUCCUAGCUGCUGUUUUCACUUCAUCAUACAGGUUGGUUAACGUCUGCAGAAUUCUCUGGAAGAGGAAGUUGCAAUGAGUAAAAUAUAUAUAUGUAAGAACCACAAAGUGGUGACGGUUUAGCAUUUCACAGAAGGACAGAAGGGUUUGUGCAUCAACGUUUCUCGUUCUCACAGUUUCUCCUGAUGACUUUCACACAUCCCUAAAAGAGAAGUGUUGCUGAAACAAAUAAGAACAAGAAAAAAUUCACAUUAAAGGAUCUUUCAGAAUCAUUGCAGCAACUGAGUGGAGUGUGUGUGUAUUUGUGUGUGUGUGUGUGUGUGUGUGUGUUAUAAUAUAUAUUAUAGGAUUAUUAAUUCCAUAUUAUUUGUAAUAUAUAGUGAGAGUAAUGGAGAUUCAUACCAACACUCCACAGGAUCCAGAUAAGGAAUAUAAGCUUGAUAAAGGAUCUGCGAGACCGUGGGUGAACUUGGUUCUUGUCUUUAUCAUCAUCGUGGUUAUGAAAGGACUUUUGAUCACAAGUGUGCACUUUUUGCUGAGUGUAAACGUCGGUCUGAAUGACAGAGGUGCAGAUGGAGAGAAGUUACAGCUUCAUGCAGAAAUCCAGCGCCUCACUGCACUCCUGCACAACAUCACUUCAGCAGGACUGGAGGAGGACAGGAAGUGGACUGAGAGUGUGAAAUACUGCGCCAAGCACAACGCCAGCCUGGCCAUCAUUCAGUAUGAAGCUGAGAUGGAGUUUAUCGUCGGUCAGAUGAGCCGGUUUUCAGAGACGCCGUUUCUGUGGAUCGGCCUCAGUGACGCAGAGGCAGAAGGUGUGUGGGCUUGGCUUGAUGGAACACUGCUACAAGACCACAGGUUCAUAAAUGUGCAGUGGGACGCUGAACACAGAGACUGCGCAGACCUGAGAGGAGACGGAAGCGUGUUUGCGUCGGACUGCGAGUCCUACGGUCCCUGGCUAUGUGAGAAACCCAUGGACAUUAUGCCAGAGAUCAUCAAUCAUCUCCAAAAUUAUUGGCACCCUUCCAGUGGAGAUAAAUAAAUAUUCUGAAAAUUAUACAGUAUUUUCUCAAAAUCCAAAAUGUUUUCCUGGGUGAAACAUCCAGUGGAAUGGAGGAAGAUAACAGCACUGAGGAUCUUUCUGUGACUGUGAAUUCCUGUGAUGAUGGAGACACUUGUCCUGGAUGUUGUCUUGGAUUUCAGGGCUUGUAUAUAAUCCAAAGAAUGAGUUCAACAUUGAUAUUAGGUCCAUAUGGUCCAUAUUAUGGUCUAUGGUCAUCUCAGAACUUCCUGAUAGAUGCAACAAAAUAUUAGGUACUGUACAAGCCAGAAAACAGCCCAAAACAUCAACAUUCCACUUCCAUGAUUUCCGGUACGACUGAUAGCUUUAACUCUUAUACAGUCCUCUUUUUUUUCCAUCAAACGUGAACAUCAUGUUCAUGAAUAACUACAACAUUUGCUCAGUUGUAGUUGCGGUGAGAAUUGAAGAAGAUUCAUUGAUGAGGAUUCAGCACUCCACUAGAUGUCUUGUUCUCAAGAAGGCCUUUAUUGUUCUUUUUCAAAGAUAGGGUGCCAAUAUUUUUGGAGUUGACUGUAAACAUUAGCCUGUUUCGAUGAUCCUCACCCUGAUUUCUGUUGCUUAUUGAGUUUAAACAGUGAACAAUGAGUGUUAACCAUUUAUUAACUCUUUUUUACAAAUGUUUUCUUUCUCAAACCUACAUAAGCUAUAUAUUAUAGGUUAGACUAAAAACGUUCUAUUCACUGCAAAUAUCUUUUUAUCUUUUCUUAAAAAAAAGCCAAUUUAAUUAAAUUCAUCAAGUCUGAAA